AUUCAUACUUGCUGUGAACCAGGUGGUCAGAGAGCAUCAAGGAGAAGCUCAACAGCACGAGUGAAACAUGAAGAUCCUGCUGGCUUUGGCUGUUCUGCAGGCCAUUCCUGCUCCAUCCCUUCAGCUGGGUGUUCCGUCACGUGUGUCAUCGGCCUCCUAUGAGUCCUGGGGUCCCUGGGGGUCCUGGGGGCCAUGUACCCGCAGCUGUGGCACCGGUGUGACCAAAAGGAUCCGGCAGUGUAACGUGCAGAGGCAAGAUGGAGGAAGCAACUGUGUGGGCGCUGCCAAGGAGCACCGUGCGUGCAACGCGCAGGAGUGUCCAGUGGGAUCCAGGGACUUCAGAGAGGAGCAGUGCUCACAAUUUGAUGGGACGGACUACGAUGGGAAGUUCUACACCUGGCUGGCGUAUUAUGGAGCUGCAAACCCCUGCGAGCUGAACUGCAUCCCCAGAGGAGAGAACUUCUUCUUCCGGCACCGCCCCACCGUGGUGGACGGCACCCCGUGUUACCCAGGCCGCAGGGACAUCUGCGUGGAGGGGGUCUGCCAGCCGCAGCUGAUUAUCCAGGAGAGCGGGUUUGGUGUGGAGAACGAACGGUACCCUCCUCCGGGCAGCCAGAGAGUGGCGUUCACAUGGAGCUCCGGGCGCUGGUCUGCGUGCAGCACAGACUGCGGACCAGGUUACCAGUCCCGCCAUGUCUUCUGCACCAGCAACGGCCUCGCUGUUGCUGAACACCUUUGCGCCACCAUGGCGCGACCCCCGACCAACCGCACGUGUGAGGUGCGGGAAUGCAGCAGGACGUACAUGUACGAGCCUGGGGAGUGGAGUCCCUGCUCUGCCUCAUGUGGAGCAGGCGUUCAGACGCGCCAAGUGCCCUGCGUGAUCCACGACAAGGCAGGUGGCCAGGUGGUGCAGGAUGCCCUGUGCGCUCGCUACGCCGCUCGCCCCGCUGCCCGGCAGGCCUGCCAGAUGCCGGCGUGCCCCGAUGACCGCUACAUGGUCUACAGUCCGGAGCGUACCAAGGUGUCCGUUGUGAGCGCUGCGCUCGAUCCGCUGAACACCAUCCGCGGCACCCACUGCAGCCAGUCCUAUUACGGCUGCUGCUCCGACGGCCAGACUGUGGCCGGGGGUCCCUAUGGGGAGGGCUGCCCCUCUGAUAUGUGUUCCAGGAGCAGGUAUGGGUGCUGUCCAGAUGGCGUGACUGCAGCCCAGGGUCCCAGCAGGGAGGGCUGCCUAGAGAAGGACGUCCGCUCUGAUGUUCACCUCUCUGAACCUCGGGCUGAAUCCAAAGGUGACUGUCACACCAGCACCUAUGGCUGCUGCCCCGACCAGGUGACCUUGGCACUGGGCUCCCGCGGGGAGGGGUGUCACAGCCGCGCGAAAGCCGAUCAGCAGACUAUCUGCUCCCUGCCACUCAGCCCGGGCUCGUGCAGCAACUGGUCCCCCCGCUACCACUACGACCCCUCCACCGGCACCUGCUCCCACUUCUGGUAUGGCGGUUGUCACGGCAACUCCAACAACUUCCCCACACGCGAGGAGUGCCAGCGGCAAUGUGACGGCAUGAGGGGAAGCCGGUCGAGCCCCGUCCCGGUGUAUGAAAUGGGGAGGGUCCGCACUGACCAGAAGGGCCCCGCGUCCGGUGUACGAGCCAGCGGGCGUCGCGUGAAAAUGACCACCGUCCUGCGGAGCUCCUCUGCCGCCUACCCCAUGCGGGGAUAGGCUGGCGUGCGUGGUGACAACCACAGACCGUCACCCCCAGCUCCUCAACACCAUGGGCAGGGGGGCUGAAUCGAUAAGGCGGGGAAUGGCUGACAUUCUACCCUCCCUACUGAACGUGCCCUCUCACGGAUAGUGUGGGUAGUGUAGGGGGUCUCCAGGCUGGUGGCAGCUACAUUGGAUAACAAUCAAUGCUUUGCGUUUCACAUUCCUGCCUCAUUCAUUCAGCAGACGGCCAUAUUCAGAGCUAUUCAGAGUCCUGUAAUAUCAAGUGUAUCGGAGGGCGGUGAGAUAUCAGUGGUAUAAUAGGUCAGCAGUUAGCUUUGGCUUUGGCUAGACCUGUUAUCCACCGCCUGCAGAGUUAAACCGCUACGUUUUACAGGGGCCGCUAUUACACAGGAUGACUUUUGUUUUGUAAUUUCUGUCAAUAAAUUGAUCUCAUGAAGAAUUUG